AUGUCUUCAAAGCUCUCCAACGGGAUCUACCUUCGCUCUAGCAUCAAUGCUGAAUUUACCAAGGAUCCCCAGGUCCUUGCGGCUUUUAGUCCAGAUAUCAUCCCCCUGGGCCAAACGCAGCCCAAACACGAAGAUCUAAUCAGCUCCUAUGACCAGUUUAUCGCGCAUGAUAUUGAUAUCGACGAAGCCAAGACCCGCAUAUACAUUCGAGGCAAAGCGGUCAUAAGCAAGUACACACGUGGUAUAGAGACUCAGGUGUCUCUCAAGGCGAUCCCCAACGAGCUCAUCCUCUGGCCUCAAGCUUGGACGAGCGCCGCUGACCUUGGCCAGGUCGUGCUCAAGGCAUCAAAGGACGGCGAAGGCACGUCCUUCGAAAAACCACCCCAUGUCGUUAAAACUGACAUUCUCUGCCUCGGCCGCCACGAUACCUUCAUUGCGAAGGCCACCAGCAAGAACGCCUCACUCGAAGACCUCGUGCCCAAGGUGCAGAACUGGCGCGACUUGGUCAAGUAUAUCGGUCAGGAUCCGACGCUGGCUACAUACAAUGUCGUCUUCGCAGACCCGUGCUCCACCAACGUCAGCUUGACCACUCGUCUCCGGCUCUUCGACAACAAGACCGACAGUGUCGACAUGGUCUUUGGCAUCGAGGCCGUAGGGAUCCCGGCCAAGAACAUCGAUGCAUCCUUAUCCUGCUUUGGUGCCACGCCCGACUACAUUCCGUUCUCGUUUGGGCAUCAGCGCGUCCACAUCGCGCCCUCGACGUUGCUAAGCACUAAGGCUACUGUGCCUGUCAACUUCGAUGGGACGAUUACGCUCAAUGUGUUCAAUGACACGCAGCAGACGUUCGGUGACUACUCGUCGAUCUCUUUGAUUGCGUAUGCGGUCACGGUCGUCGACGGACAGGAGACGUUUACUACGCUAGGGGCUGAGCACGUUGUGUUCCAUUCGAACAUACGUGUGAAGAAGUUGCUGCGCAAGUAUGAGGUAGCCAAUGACGGUCCAUUCUAUCCCUUCUACUUUAGGGACAAUUUGUCGGAUGGCCCAGAUUUCCCAAGGGUGGCGACGCAUAUACAUCUCCUGCCCUUAGGUGUUACUCCGGACCCAAACGUCGAAGAAAGCCUCGGUCCAAAGAAUUACUAUGUUGACAUUUCGAAUACCCGCAAUGAGGUCCUGCAUGGGAAUACUUCCAACUACAUCUAUAUCCGUGACACAACUACCGCUCCGACCUCAGGCAAAGUGCGGCUGUACGCGUUUCCCAACAACAUCCUGUUGCACCCUUCGCUGUAUGAUCAGGAGAGCAACAUUGUUUGGGACUACAAUGAUGACGGCGAGCGAUAUGUCGCAAUCCGGUCUUACUCGACGAAUUCCGCGGCCUCGCUCAAUCCAAUCCUCCUCUCGGAACCGUUCAGCUGUGCGGACAGACCGCUUCUACCGGCUGGACAUGACCACUAUUCACUUGUGGCCGAAUGCAAGCCGGAUGGCACUGGUCCGGAUGGCGCCGAGUACCUGUGGCCACACACGCAGGUGGACGACUUCAGAACUGCGGCUGAGUUUACUGCGUGGGUCCAGAAUGGACCUUAUGUAGCUCUGCGUAGUGUGGAAUACAUGCAAAACGCGGAUGCAGCGUCUUACGUCCUCAGGACUGGUUUCACUAUUCCGGAGGGCUUCAGCCCCACGGAUUACUGGGUCUUCCGCGUCCGGCUUGUCAACUGUCCUGUUGGCUCCGCUAUUUCUUUUGAUUCGAGCGAUCCAGAGAUUCAGUACAGUCUUCGUACUAUCACAACCCCGGAAACGGAGAUCGGGAUAAUCUUCACCGGCAAAGCGCCGGGAUUUAACUGUCAGAUCGCGAUCCGUUGGUUUGCGAAUGGCAAGUCUGCUCAGCCUGGCCAGCGCAUUGUAGCAUCCCUUGUCUACAGGACCGUGGUCACUACUGCAUUGGCGUAUCACCUUACUUGCCGCAAGAAUAUCGGAAAGCUCGCUGAACCAUUCGAGGUGACCGUUGGGGACAACUACCCAAAUCUGGAGAUGCCUGAUAGAAAGAAAGGCCACCCGAAGGUCGGAGGGGCACACGUCCGCCGUGUGCUCGGAGACAAGUACAGCGUUGCUGGGGGAAUUCAUGUUGACUAUGUCGUCGGUGUAGACACCUGGGGCCACAACUUGACCUAG